UUCCAAAAAUGCCUACAAUGGAGUUUGGCACCACAAAAGAAGAGAUGGCCCAGGAACGCAUGAUAUGGGCAUUAAAAAUAUUGGAAUCUUCAGUGUUUGAUACACAGAGUAACUAUGCCAUGUGUUCGUCAUCCAAACCACCAAGUCUGGCAUCCAAAACACCAAGUCCUUCCCUGACUGACUGGAUUCAGUGUGACAGCUGUGGCAGAUGGUUCCAUGGGCAGUGCGUGAAUAUGAACACAACCCAAAUUGAGGAAAUGAAGGAGACCACUUGGAAUUGUUGUUUGUGUAAAAAGUGAGCCAAGCAAGGCAAGUUCAGUUGGAUAGCACAUUUCAUACACUGACUUGUGUAUAGUUUAAUCCCUUUGAAUAUAGUCAAUGUUAUCCUCCUAAGCCACUGCAAGAGGGACCACGUAAGUCCAAUUCUGGCAUCUUCAUUGGCUACCAGGUUUUUGUCCUAUGAGUUUUCCCACAGGAUUUUUCUCCUAGGGGGGUUUUCAUUCCCGGGAGAGUCAGCCAACAUUGGCUUUAAUUUAGCACUUUACUGUAUACUUUACAUUAUUACUACGCUCGCUUGUACGGUUUAUUCUUAGCCGCUGUAUUCUACUUAUAUUAUCUAUUGAUUAUUCUGUGUUUUCACCUACAUCUACUUAUGUAAAGCUGCUUUGAAACAAUUAACAAUUGUGAAAAUCACUAUAUAAAUAAAAUUGAAUUGAAGACCUGGUGUGUCCACAUA